AAACUGCAUAAAAUCUUAAAGAUAGUGUUUACCGUGCAUUGCAGAAAAAACAUUUUUUAACUUUAUUUUGCUAAAAAUUUGAUACACAAAGUCUUUAAUAAUUAUAGCUUAGAAUUUUAAAGUUAAUUUUUAAAUAAUUGUCGAUUUUCUGGUUUGCAUCGUCAAGAAUUGAUUGCAACCAAUGAUGUUAUUCAUUUUGUUAUUGCUCGUUGGAUAUGGAUAUGGUGAAAAAUGUGUUGCACCUCCAACUUGUCAUUGUCCAACUGAUACUCAUAUAUAUUGUCGAAGCCAAGCUUCAGAAAUAUUACCCAUCAUGACUAAUUUUCAAGUUGAGGUCAUGCUUCUGACUUAUGAAAAUGUAGGAUUUAUACCAGAGUAUUAUUUCCAACAAUUUAGCAAGUUAAAAUCACUUAUCAUUACUUUUGGAAAAUUCGUGUAUUUACCGCGUCAUGCUUUAUCAGGACUUUCUAACUUGGAAGAGUUGUAUAUACAAAAUUCGCAACUUCAUCAUAUUCAUCCUUAUGCGUUUACUGAUUUAAAAAAAUUGAGAUAUCUACAUCUUGGAGGAAACAAACUUAGAAGCAUACCACGAGAAGCGUUUAAAAAUCUUUAUUCUUUAAAUAAAUUAUAUUUACAGAACAAUUUUCUUCACAGUCUCCACCUUGUGUUUCCCAAAAAAUUUCUUACUCAUCUCUUCUUAUCCAACAACAGAUUUCAAAAUAUGUCAAACAUUUAUUUUGAGGAUUUAACUGGUGUGGGUAACUUUGAUCUUUCCAAUAAUAUGAUAAAAGUGUUAUCAAACAAAAUGUUUAGAAAAAUUCGAAUCAGCAGUUUGGACAUUUCUUAUAAUAAAAUCAGGACGUUGGAAAAAGAAGCAUUUGAAGGAGCAGUUAGUUUAGGCACAUUAAAUAUGCGUCAAAACCGGAUUAAAAGUAUUGAACCAAUGACUUUUAAAUAUACACCGUUAAGUUCUUUGUAUUUGGACAAUAACAAACUCAAAAAUCUCGAAAGUUAUAGUUUUUACGGUUUGUAUAAUUUAAAAAGCCUAACAUUAAGUAACAACGAAAUCUCUGCUAUACAGAAAAAUGCAUUUAAAGGCGCAAGAGUAACUAAAGAACUAUCCCUCGAAAAAAAUUUCAUUAAAUUUAUUUACCCUGGUACAUUUUCAGGAAUGUGCAACAUGAAGACAUUUAAACUCUCGUGGAACAAUAUUGAAAAAAUAGAAAAUGGAACAUUUGAGGGAUGUACAAUACUUGAAAAUUUACAUUUGGAAAACAAUAACAUUUCAAAGAUUGAAAGAAAUGGCAUUGCACCGGCGAAGAGUUUAAAAAACAUUUAUCUACAGAACAAUAAACUUCAAAGUGUCGAACCGAAUACUUUUAAUUUACCUAAAGUUCUCAGUAUUCAUUUGGAGAACAACAAAAUUGAAAAGAUUUCCAGUACUGCGUUUAAAGACGCUUUUAACUUGAACGUUCUCUAUAUGCAAAAUAAUAUGAUCCCGAUUAUUUCAAGGAAUAUAUUUGAAAAUUCACAAAAACUAAAAUUCAUUUAUCUUCAACAAAAUCUAAUAUCCAGGUUGCCUUUAGAAAUUUUCCAAACUCUACAACUCUUAAGAAGUGUAGACCUUUCCAACAACCAAAUAACUAGAAUUGAUUUCCAAAUUUUUGGUCAGUGCAGUAAAAUUUUAGAAAUAGGAUUAAGCCAUAAUAAAAUAGAAAAGGUUGCAAAUUCCCUGCAUUCGGAAUUGCCACAUUUAAGAACCAUGAAGUUGCAAAACAAUAAAAUCAAAUAUUUUCCAAGUUUACUGUCCUUUCCAUCCUUAUCACAUCUGGAUUUGCAUAUGAAUACAAUUGCUGAACUACCAUCAAAUGUUUUUCUUCAACUACCAAAAGUAAUUUACGUCGAUUUAAGCAGUAACAAGAUACAAGCAUUGCCCUUCCAAGCAUUUUAUGGUGCAAAGAUGCUGAAGACAUUGUACUUACAUGACAACAACAUUUCCGAAGUAGGUAGCACAGUUUUUCCACAACUUCCAAAUGUGACAGAAAUAAACUUUAGCAGCAAUAUGAUCAAGGUAUUCGCAAGCGGCUUUUUGCAAAAGUUUAAGAAUCUUCAAAAGUUGAAUAUUGGAAAUAAUAGAAUUUCCAAUAUUCCCUCCGAAAUGUUUAAUGGCUUACAUCGUCUGGAAAUGUUAGAUGUCAGUAACAAUGAAAUAAGGGAUAUUGACAAGAACUCAUUUAGUGAUUUGAAACUAUUAAAACACCUGUAUCUCAGCAACAACCAUAUUUACAAUUUGUCGGCUGAUCACUUCAAAUAUAAUGAGUAUUUAGAAUCCAUGAAACUGGAUAGAAACAUGCUCACACAAAUAUAUAGAGAAACGUUCGGUCAGUUAAGAAACCUAAUGAGCUUGGAUCUCAGUGGAAACAAGUUAAAAAAUUUGAUUAAAAUGUCACUUACUGGCUUGACAAAGUUGAAAACGUUUGAUUUGAGUCAAAACAUGCUUAAUGGACUUCCAAUCGGAUUAUUUGACAGCGCCAAAUACGUGACGAAGUUACAUCUAAACCAUAAUCAACUCGUAAGUUUACCGUUCUCCAUUAAAAUGUUAAAGGAUUUGGAAUAUCUGGAUUUAAGUCAUAACUCAUUGCGUGUACUAGAAUCUGGUGUAUUAAACGGAUUGUCUGGCUUAAGAUAUCUUAAUUUAGCAAGUAACAUUAUUGAAAUGUUACCAGAAAAUUUAGUGAAUAAAAAUUCCUCUUUAUAUGAUUUAAAUCUUAGUGGCAACAGAAUAACUGAAAUCAAAAAGUUUACAGGAAUAAAAGUAUUAUUAAAGCUCAAUCUAAAACACAAUCGAAUCAUAAAGAUACACCCUCAUGUUUUUAAAGAAAUAGUUAGGUUUGAUUCGUUGGAUGUAUCCAAUAAUGAAUUAAAAGAAUUUAUAAAUGUCAUGGCUUCAAAUUCGAACUUAAAAAAUUUAAAUUUGGCAAACAACAAAAUCGAGAAUGUUGAUUCUAUAGGAUUAAAGUAUUUGCACAACUUGCGUGAAGUGUCGAUCCGAGGAAAUAAUAUUACCCAUAUUCCAAAAAAUUCUUUUGGCAAAUCUCUGAGAAUCAUUAAUUUAUCUGAAAAUCGGGUUACGAAUAUCGAGAAAAGAGCUUUUGAAGAAACAGUCACAAUUAAGGAGUUGUUAUUGGCUAAUAAUUCCAUCCAAUCAAUGGAUCCUGACAUAGCAGACUAUCUUCAGAGUGUUCAGAAAAUUGACAUUCGAUUUAAUCACUUAAGUUGUAAUUGCAAAUUCGCUGAAUUUGUAAAAAAAUGCCCAACAGGAAGUGUCAUACUCAGUAGAUGUGUCAGUUCUAUUUCGACCAAUGGCUCAUACAACUUUAUUUUUGAUGAAAACUAUGGUAAUGCUACAUCAAACGGAUGUGCUAAGUUGAACCCCUUCGAUUCUAAAAUGGAAAAUGUGUGCAAAAAUGGUGGUAGACGUGUGUUUGUAAAUGGAAGAUAUUCCUGUGUGUGUACUGCCAACUUCAGCGGAAAGAAUUGUGAAAAGAAAGAAAAUGCGAAUCAAAUAUACAACAAAGACACGAAUGAAAAGAGCAAUAAAUGGAUAAUAAUUGGAUCAGCUUUAGCUUUGGGUUUUAUCUUGUUGCUUCUUAUUGUUGUUGUGAUUAUUAAAAUAUGUAGAAAUUCUGCACCAGCCAAGGACAAACAAGUAGCACAACUUUCCAAAAGCAACGAGUACAGCACUGAUUAUGGUAAAGAAAUGGAAGCUCGUACAAAAGACUGCGUUGGUACAGAUAUUGAAGGAAGAGAGUGCAUAGAGACAGAAAUGUAUCUGGAAUCAGAGUACAAAGAGCUCGAGCCAAAAGACGAAGAUGACAAUGCAAAUGAAGCGAUGGAAUCUUCCCAUAGGAACAAUGAAGGAUAUGAUAAUUCGAAUGAAGUCAAACCAUCCUAAACAUGAGAAAAAAACACAGUUAUUUAAUCUGCACGCUUUUUGUAUGUGAGUCAUUUUAUGAGAACACUGCUCUUAGAUUUUAAGAAGACAUGAGAACAAAAUAAAAACUUUACAAAGUCUGGGUUACAAAUCCUUUAUAAAAAAAGAAUCAUAAUUUUGAAGAAAAAUAAGAACAAUCUAGGAUUUAAAUAUCCUUAUGAUUCUCUCUCAUCUACCAUAACUGCAUCAGCAUGUGACGCGUGGCCAUGUGGUUAACCCAUGCCAUGUGAGGGAAACUGAGUAAGUAAUGCCGGUGUAUACUUAAUGUAUGCAUUACGAACACAGGAUCCACAUUGACAACUAAAGUGUCUAUAUCCUGUGAAAGUAUUUGGAAUAAUAUUAAGAAUAACAACGCAAUAUUUUCAGACAUGAAUGAACACAUUUUAGAGUAAAAAAAUUAUAAAUAAGAUCAAAACCAGGAAAAUUUCUGAAGUUGGUUUCUUACGAAUAUAUAACACAUAAGAACAAUAUAAGAACAUACAACGAUGAUAUAGGCUUAAAAAAUAGGAAAAAACUGUUGCUUAUAAAAAAGCGUGUAAUUUUAUUUCAUAAAGUAGUGCAGAUGGAGGAGACACAUUAUUUGAGUAAGUACCAUGUCAUAUGUUGAAAGUAUGCACUAGGUCAAUUACAUUUGUUUGUGUUUUGUUUUAUUAUUAUAAUCAAAAAAUGUAUUUUUUUAUAAACUUCGUAUUUUUUUUAUUUGUUUAAAUUUUGGCAUUUAAAAUAAUUUUUACUCACAGUGACACAAGAAUCAUAGUGUAUGAUGAAUUGACAGCUUAACAUAUCAAAACAGAAACAUCAAGGAAAACAACAAGUAGAAAUCUCUCUUUUUUAACUAAUUUUGUAUGGUGCUCUCGUAUAAUGGUUUUAUAUAAUAGCGUGUAGAUUAAAUAAGAUAUUAUGUUAAUCAAAAACUUUUUUGUUAAUCAAAAACUUUUUUAUUACUUCGAAUUUUUUUUUGUUUGAUUUUCGCAGUAAUUUUUGCUCACAGUGGUACAAAAAUCUUAGUGCAUGAUGAAUUGACAGCUUAACAUAUCAAAACAGAAACAUCAAGGCAAACGACAACUAAAAAUCAUUCCUAUUUAAUUAAUUUUUUAUGGUAUAUAAUUGUAUUUAAUCGUAUUUAACAAAUUUCGUUUGGCAUAUAAUCGUAUUUAAUUGUACUUACUUAAUCUUGUUAUUGUUAAUUCAUUUCUUUGUGAAUGUUGCUUUUUAGGUAGAGCAUUUCUUUUAAAUUUACAAUAUAACUUUUAUUAUAAGUCAACUAACUUGUAUUAAGUGCCCUGGACAUUAUGAAGUUACGUAAACCCUAUCAAAAUCUGAUCUUUGUAUCUUAAUGUUCAUAUAAAUAAAAAUGACGUCAUAUCAUAUUGUUGUUUCUGCUCUAUUAUAUUCAUUUAUAUCUCUGAUUUCUGACAGUCACCUUGACUACCAGCAAACUCUUUCAUCCACACGUUACCGACUUGUCUAUUUUACAUUUUCAGAUAUUAAUGUCAGAUCAUUUCAUUAAUUCUGGAUGGUUGAAGCAUGGUUAAAGCUGAUUUUUUAUAUCAAAACCAACGAAUAUGCGCUUGAAACAUUGCGACACUAUUCUAGAACAAUUAAAAAAUAAAUUUUUGUGAACAUUAUUUAAAAUUACCUGCGAAAAUUAUUUGUUGAUAUGUCUAUUUUUUAAAUCAGAAAACUAUUUUAAGAUAAGCCGUGUUACAUUAUAAUUUUCAUUACUAUCGUUUUCAUUCCGUCCACUGCAAAUUCUAAUAUGAAGUUAAAGGGGAGUGUCUACUCACUGUGGGAGUGAGUGGAGUGAUGUUUACUACAAUCAAUUUCAUAAUAGUUUUGUAAAAAUCACUCUCCCCCCCACUCUUCCGUUUUUCCAAUAAUUUAUGAACAUGAUUGUAGAGGUU